CAAAGGGAGGUUCCGUUAGCUACGUAAUAAAUCCAUUCAAUCACGGACAGUUAGGAGAUUCGACGAGAGGUGACGGAAGCAGUAGUGCCAGCACAACACCGCGAGCUUCUUCAUAACGGUCCUGUUUAAAGUUGCACUUUUUUUUUUUGCAAAAUGAGACUGAGUGUGCAUGUUAUGAUUUAUCUGGCUCUUUUGAUCACUUUCGUUGCUUGCAACGCCCCUCCCGUGCCACUGGAUGACAUAGUUGUGGAGAAAACUUUCGUCCCUGAGAAGUGUGAAAGAGCAGUGAAAUCGGGCGACUUUGUCAGAUAUCAUUAUAAUGGCAUGUUCCCCGACGGCAAGAAGUUUGACUCCAGUUAUGAUCGUGGCUCCACAUAUAAUGUGUAUGUGGGGAAGAAGCAGCUCAUUGAAGGCAUGGACAAGGCCCUCGUCGGGAUGUGUGUGAACGAGAGACGCCUGGUCAAGAUCCCACCUGCCCUGGCGUACGGCAAAAACGGAUAUGGUGAUGUCAUCCCUCCAGACGCCAUCCUGCACUUUGACGUCCUGCUCCUCGAUAUCUGGAAUCCAGAAGACACAGUCCAGACCCAGACCUACUACAAGCCGGAGAAGUGCAACCGCACCGUCCAGGUGUCUGACUUCAUCCGUUACCACUACAAUGGCACCUUGCUGGAUGGAACACUGUUUGACUCCAGUCACAACCGCAUGCGCACGUAUGACACCUAUGUGGGGAUUGGCUGGCUCAUUGCCGGAAUGGACCAAGGACUGCUGGGAAUGUGCGUCGGGGAGAAACGCAUCAUCACCAUGCCCCCGUCCCUGGGCUACGGGGAGAACGGAGAUGGCAGUGACAUUCCAGGGCAGGCUUCCCUGGUUUUUGAUGUGAUCCUGUUGGACCUCCACAACCCCAAAGACACCAUCUCAGUGGAGCAGCAGGUGGUCCCAGAGACCUGCACCAGAAAGAGCCAGGAAGGUGACUUCAUGCGGUAUCACUACAACGGGAGUCUUCUGGAUGGGACCUUCUUUGACUCCAGCUAUUCACGGAACCGCACAUAUGACACCUACAUCGGGAAGGGAUAUGUGAUCGCAGGCAUGGAUCAGGGCCUGCUGGGUGUCUGCAUCGGCGAGAGGAGGAGGAUCAUAAUCCCGCCUCAUCUGGGCUAUGGAGAGGAGGGCACAGGCACCAAGAUCCCCGGCUCGGCAGUCCUGGUCUUCGACAUCCACGUGAUCGACUUCCACAACCCCUCAGACAAGGUGCAGAUCACCAACAGCUACAAGCCGGACUCCUGCAGUCCGCUGAGCAAGAAGGGAGACUUCGUCAAGUGCCACUACAACGCCAGCCUGCUGGACGGCACCCCCAUCGGCUCCACGCACAGCUUUGGGAAGACUUACGAUGUGGUGCUGGGGGCGGGGCAGAUGGUGCCGGGGAUGGAGGUGGGACUGCAGGACAUGUGUGUGGGAGAGAAGCGUAUCCUGGUGAUCCCUCCCCACCUGGGCUACGGGGAGAGAGGAGUGGAAGGUGAAGUCCCGGGAAGUGCUGUAUUGGUGUUUGACAUCGAGAUGAUUAGCUUGGAGGAGGGCCUCCCCGAUGGCUACAUGUUCAUCUGGAACAGCGAAGUCUCACCCAAUCUCUUCACCGAGAUGGACAAGAACAAAGACAGCAAUGUGGAGCCUUCAGAGUUCUCUGAUUACAUUCUGCGUCAGGUGAAUGACGGUAAGGGGCGGCUUGCCCCCGGGUUUGACGCCAACAGGAUCAUCGACAACAUGUUCUCCAACCAGGACCGCAACAGCGACGGAAAGAUCACAGCAGACGAGUUCAAGCUGAAGGCGGAUGAGCCUGCCAAUCACGAUGAGCUAUAAGCGUUGAAAAUAUGAUUCUGGGUCAAUAACACUAACCUGAGAACAUUUUUAGAGUUCAGUAUUGUUUCUGUUUUUUUUUGGGGUGGGGGGGGGGGGCUAUCAUCAAAGUGAUAAAUUUGUAUAUUAUAUACGGUGUCAAAAUUUAAUGAGGUGUGGUUUUGAAAGUGCACUAAGCUCAGGAACCAAAUUGUUGUCUGAAAUGGCAGUUGAUGGUGUCGAUGGGUUGACUUUUGAAUUCAUGAAAAAGACAUUGCCUUUCUGACUCCACAGUAUUACGUAUUUGAUUCUGUUGUGUUUUGAGUUAGCAAGAGUAUGAGCUUUUUUCUAAUUCCAAGGGUAAGGACAAGGUAUGAAUAAUUACCUUGUAUAAGUGGCACCUGCUGGCUAUUUGAGACUCUGCUAGGGUUUUAAGGGCCAAUAUAGACAAGAUUAGCAACUGGCAACAGGGAAACCUCUGUUUCCGCCAUGCAGGUCGGUUUUGACAGAACGGAGUCCAUACGUUUCCUCUGCUCUACAUGUCAGCUGUUGACACAGAGUUAAUCAUAGUGCAAGAGAGUGUGAAUCGCUGCAUCACUAAGUGCACAUUGGUAUUGUAAUGAUGCUGGAAGCAGUUUCUGUGUUCACUGUUCAAAAAUCAAAGGGAAAAAGGCUCAAAUUUAGUUGAAGCAACCAUCUUAUGUGCAACCAUCUCAUCUUAUUGGAUUUUCCUAGAAAUGGAUGGUCAAUUCUAAAUGAAAAACAUCUACAAUUUCUUUACCUUCCUCACUGUCUGCUUGACCUCUGUUUUUUUGCAGAUGCUGGCGUUUAGACUAAGUUUAAUCCAAAAAAUGUUUUGUUGUUGGAGGACUGAAGAUGGGGGGCUCAGGGAAAACGCUGUACUAGAGGGUUUUUCCUGUGCAGAUUCAAAGUGGAUUCAAUCCGACUAGACUACUCAUGGCACAGCAUUUGAAGGGACUGGAUGGAAAUUAGUCCAAAAUAAUGUCCAGUUUGUGCAUCCUAAAAUGAUAAUAGGAACCACUUUUGGAAGUAAUGCAUCUUUGUUAUCUACACUUCAAACGAAAGUUCCAUAGUCUUGCGUGCCACAGAAUUAGAGGUACGCCAGUAAUGCGUAAUGCUAACACUAGAAGCUGAAGAGGUGUUGUAAAUAUGUACUGAUGGGUAGGUUCAGUGCUUUUCCCGCCGAAUAUAGUUCCAUUGUUUGUACUUUUUGUGCUUUUUCCUGCUUACCUCCACAUGAACAGCAAAACUAAUUUUGGGUUAAACUCUAGCAUUUUUUAUUUGUGUUUUAGUGUGUAUUUGUUCAUAAUUUCGCUUGUGUUUUAAGAAAUGUUUUAAUGUUGGGGUGUUUAAACUUUGAAUAUAUCAGAUUGAUCAGGUAGUCUAAAUAGGUUAAAACUGAUUGGUUUUUUUUUUUUUACUUCUUCAGUCUGUCGUGGUGAUGUGAUUCAUUCCUAUUUGUGAUGUAGCAGGUGGACAGUAAUGACAAGUGACCUGGUCAGAGUAUUAAUACUGUUCUUGCUGUUUUAGAAGCUGAUAUGGGGGCUAGCAACACAGUUCUUGUCAACACAGAAAUCCCCCAUUAACCUAUGUUGACUGAAUUUAAUAAUUUAUAGUGAUUGUAAAGUCAAGUGGAGACCACAUCAUUACUAUAUUUUCUGUAACACUUUGCUAUAGUGCUACAGCAAAUAUAGUAACUAUAGGAGUUUGAGGCUUCAUCAACCCCUUAACGGAAGUAGCUGUCGGAGAUUCAUAUGUUAUCCCUAUUUAAAAGACUAUGCUUUCUGUAAAAACAUUCUGCAUUUUGUUAAACUCAGGAUGGUAUUGAUGCUACCUUGUAGCAUUUUGCAGUUGUUUAGAUGUAUUAAUACUCUCCAACACUGGACCCCAAAACUUUGAGGCAGCAGUGUAAUGGGUUAAGCCCCCCCCCCCCUUUGCCCUCGUUACCAGACUUAUAUGUUUGGCCUGAACAGCUGAAGAUUUGUUUCCAUUUUCUGAAAUCUUCUUUCCUCUGAAAUGUAUGACUUCAGUGACUUUUCAAAUACAAGUUGUGGUGAAAUUUGUUGGGUAAUUAUUUGCUGCAUUAUGACAAUUUAAUGCAAGAAUGACUCAGCAAGACUGUGAGUAAUGGGUGUAAGAAGUAGUGCCAGUGUGCCUUAAAUUUAAUGUGUAUGUGUGUGUUUUUUAUGUCUUCUAAUUAAAUGCACAUUUCAAACCAUA